CUUCUUCUUCUUCCUCUCAGUCCCUCUCUCUACUCACCCAUUACAGGAGGAGAUAAACAGGCAGAGAGAUUCUAUGGAGUAUGAAAGGAUCCACAAAGUCCAGAUGGGGGUCAUGUCUCCGACGAAGCUGAGGAUGAAGCUUCUGGGAAUGGGAUCCUCCUCGUCAUCCAAUGGAGGCGGCGGCGGCAAGGACGAGGCGGCCAGCAAGUCGCCGUCGAGGGCCGGCGCCGCCGUCGCCGGAGACGAGGACGACGACCACCCAAAGAACAGCCUCCUGCCGCAGGAGCUCGACGAAGCAGAGUAUCCGAGGGAUUCUUCUUCCCGGUCACGCUCUGAAGGGAGCCACGGCAGAGCCACUGCUGCUCACGCCGGCAAUGGCGGAUUCGAGUUCCACAUGGUCGAGGAGAGGCCGGCAAUGGCGGCGGCGGGGCUUGGGCUCAGGCAGCAGCAGCAGGUGCCGUCCAAGUGGAACGACGCGGAGAAGUGGAUCGCCGGGAGGCGCCACGUCGUGCACUCCAACCCUAUCUUCUCCUCCUCCUCCAGGAAGAAAUCCCCCGCCGCCGCCGCCGCCAUUGCCGCCGCCCGCGUCGCGCCGGAGCACGCGCCGCCGCCGGACGCGAAGAAGAAGAGCCUCGCCUCCCGCAGCGCGCUCACGGAGCUCUCUCCCUCACCCUCGCCGUCGUCAUCCUCGGUGACCGGGCCACCGGCGGCGGCGACGGUGUCGAUGAGGGACGUGGGGACGGAGAUGACGCCGGCGGCGAGCCAGGAGCAGUCGAGGAGCGGGACGCCCGCCGCCGCCCCCGCCACGCCGGCGCUGCUCAGCCCGCUCUGCUCGGAGCCGGCGUCGCCGUCGGCGUCGGAGAGGGAGCUGCGGCUCAGGACCCGCCGGGAGAUUGCCGCGCUGGGGAUGCAGCUCGGCAAGAUGCGCAUCGCGUCCUGGGCCAGCAGCGGCAAGGAUGACGACGGCCUCCUCCUCCGUGCCUCGCCGGAGAAGAGCACCGGCGCCGGGGCCGGGGAAGACGACGAGGCCAUGAAGAAGAAGAAGGAAGAGUUCGAAGCUCGAGCUGCGGCGUGGGUGGAGUCUCGAAAGUGCAAGCUUGCAUCAAGAUAUCAAAGGAAGGAGGUGAAGAUUCAGGAAUGGGAGAGCUGCCAGAAAUCCAAAUUUGAAGCCAAGAUGAGGCAAGCAGAGGUGCAGGCGGAACAAACGAAGGCGCGGGCGAAGAACAGUCUGACAAAGAGGCUGACCACCCUGAGCCACAAGGUGGAGGGCAAGCAGGCAAGGGUCGAGGCGAGGAGGAACCGGCGGGCAGCCCGGUUAGCGCGACAGGCUGAGAGGAUCCGGAAGACAGGUCGAGUGCCGUCCCGCUUCCGGUGCUGCAGCUGGUUCCUGUGAUUAUGAAAAAGCAAGAGAUUCAGAUCGCCUCAAAAUGCAACUUUGCUAAAGAAGCUUGAAGCUAUCAGUGCCAACCCCUGGGGCAAGAUGUUCAGAGCAUCAUCAGAUCAAUGCAAUGGAAUUUGUAUAUGAAAUUGUGGUUCGGGUUUAUUUGAACCGAUGUGCUGUAAAUGUUGCAAUUGAUAACCUGAGCUGCAGCUAGCUGCCCUGGUGACUGAUGUGUCGAGGAUUUGGGAUAUACCAUCUGAUCAUCUCACUUUGAACUCAUUUGGAUUCCUGGAAACAGGAAAAACAUUAUUUGGCCAGUUC